GGCCUUUCGUAUUAAACAAGAAGAGCUUGAAAAGAAAAGCGAUAAAAAAGAAUUAGCAACUCAACAAGUUUAAGGAAACGAAGAAAUAUCAAUAACAGAAUGGCAGGACGCGGUAGAGGAAAGUCUGCUAUGUCCUUUUCCAUGGAACAGUUGGGCCUCUCUAAAGGAGAAACACUAUCAACACCAGUUCCGCAACCAUCUUUAAGUUAUCCUCCAUUGGAUCACAAACCUCCACCUAUUCAAAUAACCAACGAGAUGGAGUAUCUAGUAGAAUUGAAAAGGCAUUUCACUGAAUAUAUGCGAGAGUCACCGUAUUAUGUGAAAGCUACUGUUAUAAAUGAAGAUAUUGAACGAUACAGCGAUGCUUUUAAAGAGGAUUUCACAGACAAUGAUGAAUCGAAAUAUGAGGCGUACCAUGAUUGGAGCUUAAUGCCAGAGGAAUUAAGAACGUCGAGAAAACGAAAACUCCGGAAAAACCCGGAGCAAAAAGAAAAUAAUAAGAAAAAGGACAUUGUGGAUAUUGUGAAAAAGUUGUCAGAAUUGGAGAAAAAAGAAAAUAUGCAACACCCUGCAGAAGAGGAAGAUAAAGAAGGGAAUGAAGAGGAGAAUGACGAAGAAAAGGAUGAUAGUGUAAAGGAGGAGGAGGAAGAUGAGAUGGAUGAUGGGACUGAUUAUGCAAAUGAAUACUUCGAGAAUGGCGACAAUUACUAUAGCGAAGAUGAGGUUACUGACGAUCAAUUCUUUGAUGCAUAAAUACUUGUAUGUUUCAGAAAAUUUUUUUUUUAUAUCUUGGCUCUUUUAUAUCUGUCAGACAUUUUCAAAGCUUUAAUCACAAGUAGAAUUGAAAAGGCAUUUCACCGAGUAUGUACGAGAGCCGAACAUAAAUAUGUCGCCAAUUAUGUGAAAGCUGCUGUUGAAAAUGAAGACAUUAAACAAUAUAGCAAUGUUUUUAAAGACGAUUUCACAGAAAAUGAUGAAUCAAAAGAUAAGUUAAGGACGCCGAGAAACUAAAAACUCUUUUACUGUAAGUUCACCGCGGUUAUUGCAAAUUCACUUAAAUUACGCAAGAUUUUUAUUCUUUACAAUUUGUCAGUUAAUUUUAAUAUCAUUGUUUAGAGAAAACCGAUUAGCGCGUAAGUUAAACUGACAAUGAGAAAAGAUUGUGCACAUAUGUAUGUGACUCACUAUUAAAUAUAAUAUAAGUUGAAUAAGUAACAUUGGUUUAUUUUUUUUUUCUUAGAACAAAUUCUCCAUAACAUUGUUGUCCUUGUUCUUCUUCUGUUAGGUCUGUGGUCUGUGUUACACACCUUUCUCAUAUGCUUGUAAUGCGCACGCUGAUUAUUUGCCACGAGUAUAUGGAGCCUACAAUUUUAAUGUUGGUUCCGAACAGCGGAUUUUUCGAGAGGUGUUUCUGGACAAGGAGAUUGCCGGCCUUUUCCGAGAGGAGACACGAGCGUAAAUAUUUAAUUGCUACCGAGAUCGAACCCGAGACUUCUGGCACGAUAGAUCAGUGUGUUGUCUGCCACUCUCGCGUUCGUUAACAUCGAUUUUUAAUUUCAAAUAACGAUGGGACAUAAAUAUGUUUAGCUUUUCUUCGCUAUCCUCUUGUUAUUGAUAGGGAAGGAAAGGAUUUGUCGUAACAUGUGGAUAUAAUUCGAAGUAGGGGGCACGCAGCGUGACGAUUAAAAUAGUCUAGAAAUCACAGGAAGCGUCGGCGUGUUUUUUUAUUACGAGUAUUUCACAAUUUCUAAUAUAUAAUAUAUUUAUAUAAUAUAUAUAGCCAUAAUAAUCUGCAAUUGUAAUAAAUGACCCUUUUCUAUGAUGCCAUCGGAUAGUACAAACGCAAUGUUUCUUGGGGUGACUGGGAAAAUGGAAGAGGGGGAGGAAGGGGUAAAAAGAUAGAGGAACGGUGUGUAGAAUACGCAAAAAUACCAUAGCGUUUAUAAUGCUCGUUAUGCAUACGUUAAGUUUUAGUGAUUUCAUCCCGUGUUUAUAUAUGUAUAUAUUUUUUUCCUUUAUUUCUCUAAUUAAUUGCCGACCGCGAAUUAAGCGCUUUAAAAAUCCGUGUAUUAUAAAGACGAAACAAAAAUUAAAUCGCAGAGAGAAAAAGUUUUCCGAACUUCCGUAAAACUUCCAGUCACUGGAUCAUUCAUCGUUCUUCUAAGACCGAGUCCAUCAUCAGAGGAUAUCUUAGAACUAUUGAGAGAUCCGAAUCCUUUGCAAUAAAUAACCCGGAUAGGGAAAGAAAUUGCGCGAAAUUUCUUUUUCGUUUGAUGCGAUGUGAUGUAAAUUUAGAGUGCGAUGGCAGUAAAUCGCAAAAAUAAUUCUGUUCCUUACUACUUUUUUUUUUAUCAAAAAUUCGGAAUUCUUCGACCGAGUCAAGUCGUUCUAAGUUGCAAGGUCUAAUAAAGCACUUGGGAGUUAUCGCAAACGAUUUGAACUUAAUUAUCUAUAUAACGAGCCAUAUAUCUUUUAUGCGGAAAUAUGCGUGCAAAAAAAUAAUAUAUCUUUUACAUUUCGUGAAUAUUUAAACGAUAUAAGACCAAUAACAAUAUCAGAUCAAUAUUAAUUGAGCCAAUUAAACUACAUGUAUGGUAAU